AUGAGCAGCGGCGAAUCUAAACUGCCCGAAAUUAAUGCUUACGAUAAAGAUAGAAAUUCCUCGAGAGAGGUAGAGGAUUCUGUCGGCGAAGAAGCAAGUCAAAACCUGGAACCUUCAAGUGAUAAUGUAAUAGUCGACAAAGACACUUUGAGAGAAAGAUUACAACUGGUGCCAGCGGAAAAGCUACGCAAUAUUAUAACAGAUCAAAUAGAUUUAGAGGUUCGCUUAAAGCAUCGAGAGCUAAGGUUGACGGAAGAAGAACUUGGAAAAUGUGAAUCCCAAAUGCUUACAUUAAGGAAAUUUCUCGAGGUUCCUUCAAAUUCUAAACUUGAAAAUGAGCCCGAUGCAUUCACUUUGAAGUAUCACAAUGUAUUGAAUAAGUCUUUGUCUAUUAACUAUUCACACUUGAAAAAUUUAGAUCUGAACACACAGUCUCUGCAAUUAGGAAUAGGCUAUGGAAGAAGCAGAUCUUCAGAAGACGUAAGUCAGGCGCCCAUACACUCUUAUAGGACAAGAUCAACAACUUCGUCUUUGAGACCCUCGAUAACAGCUGUUCAAAAGCAGAGCUUUGGAUGUCUUUACAGAAGAACUGAUGGUGUAAUAGUAAAGUUGACAUGCCCAGACUGCCAGAGAAGUAAUUUUUCAUCAGCUCAAGGUUUUCUUAAUCAUAGCAGGAUUGCGCACUCCAAAGAGUACACAAGUCAAGAUGCUGCUGCACUUGCAUGUGGUGAGAUAUUGCCCGACGUCAAACAGGAUGAAGAAGGUUUAGCGAGUAUCGAGAACUUAAAAGAGAAGACGUUGGAUCCAAAUAAAAAUUUAAACGUUAGUGAGAUUUAUUUCGAUGGACUAAGCCACACACUUAAUACGGUCCAUAGCAACCCCAAUACAUCAGCGGGACAAACAAGUAUCAGGGAUAAGAGCAUAUCGCCUUUAGAUGUUGAAGAGAAACUGUUGAACUCUCAAAGUGAAAGCGAGUUGAUGAAAAAAAUUAUAAAGAGUGGAUGCGAGAGGGCAGAAUAUGAAGAAAUGAUUGAUGAUGCAAGGAAUCAUAUUUCAAAUUCUCACUUAUUUGAGGACGAGGAAGAGGAGGAAGUGGAGGAGGAGGAGGAGAAAGAUGGGUCGUCUUUCUUAGGUACGCUGAAUUCCCACCUGGAUGUGGUCCCCGGAAAAGCGCAAGAGCGAAGUGUCAAGCAUCAUAAAAGAAGAAUAUCUAGAAGUGGAAUUAAUAUCCCUUCUACUGCAGAACAGGUAAGUAAUCCUGGGGAUAAAGCAGUCUCUGCAUCCUCAAGUUCGACUCCGGAGCAACCACCAUGUAAUUCAUCUCUGACGAACUCUCUCCCAAAGCUAAAAUUAAAACUUCGACAACCACAUCUAGAAGACAUUAAAAGACGCAAGAAGGAGAGGUAA